GUGGUCGUUAAAACGUUGGUGUGAAAGUAAUCUUUGGUAGUGCAGACACGACACGUAAUAGUUGGCUGCUAAAGAAUGUUAUUGGUGCCAAGCCACUAAACCCAAACACAUAGCCAUAGCCACCCUAAUUUCACUCUCACUUUCACUUCCACACCUAAUUCCUGUUCAAUUUUCAAUCCCUACUCGUUUGUUCUAUUGGCAACGCGAAGAAGAUGGGGUUGUGAUUCGUAAUUGGAGAACUGUGGAGUGGAGGAGGGAGGACACUUUCCACGACCACAAUGCGUUGGUUUCCGUUGAGUACAACUUCAAACUCGGAGAGAGAACGGAAUAGAGAGAACACUACUCGUGCUUCGGUGUAUCUCAAUGUAUAUGAUCUUACUCCCAUAAACAAUUACCUUUACAUGCUUGGCCUUGGAAUUUUUCAUUCGGGUAUACAAGUGCAUGAUAUUGAAUAUGGCUUUGGGGCACAUGAAUAUCCAAGUAGUGGUGUGUUUGAGGUGGAACCUAGAAGCUGCCCUGGCUUCAUCUUUAGACGAUCAGUGUUGUUGGGCAGCACUGAUAUGUCUAACUCAGAAUUUCGAUAUUUCAUAGAGCGCCUGUCUGCAAAAUAUCAUGGAGACACUUAUCAUCUUAUUGCCAAAAACUGCAACCAUUUUACGGAUGAAGUUUGCCAGCAUCUAACAGGAAGUCCUAUCCCUGGAUGGGUAAAUCGGAUGGCUCGUGUAGGUUCUUUCUGCAAUUGUCUUCUGCCAGAAAGCCUCCAGGUUGCUGCAGUUAGACAUCUCCCUGAACGUGUUGCAUUUGAUGAUGAUGAUGGAUCAGGAUCUGAUGGCCUUUCUGCAUCCAUUGAGAGUGAAGAAGAUGAGCCCAAUCACCAUUUUUUAACUUCACCAAAUGGUGAUGUUGCCUUUCUAAAGGAAAAACCAGUUAGGCUGGCACGGGAGCACUUAUGAUUUUAUUUGGUUUACCUUCUGUUUUGUAUUCUUUCUUUGUUCUCCUGGCUUGUACCUAUCUAUGAUCCUAGAUUUGAGUGCAAUGAGUUUCUCAACUGUAAUAUAUAAGACUCAAAAUGCAUGCUUUGUAGAACAAAGACGAUAAUCUGUUGUAUAAUGUCCUGUAAGUGUCAAAAUGGACUGGUUGUCCUGUAAAGGCUAUUAGGAGUACAAGCAAAAAUGUUGGGGGUAUACGGUUAAAUCUGAUUGAGUUAUUCCUUUGCCAAUCCAUCUUUUUUGUCCCUCUUGUGGCUACCCACAAUGUUGAAGUAACACACAAAAUGACAAAUUCAUGUAAUCUGUUUGCACUUUUUAUGAAUAAUAAAUAUCAUCAGCUGUGAUUUGGUCCUGCAUCA